GACCAAUUACUAACUCUCCUUUCAAUCUCCAGCAAAUCACAUUCCCAAUUCUGGAAAGUUUCAACGUUUCCGGAGAAAUUCAUCGUCAUCAGAAUCGAAUCCGGGUCCCCUGAGAUCCUACAAUUUGUUUCCCCGGCCGACCUGCACUUUCCAGCCACACAUGUUGAUGCUGUGAUCCCUAGGCUUAUAUUGAUGCAACUUUUGUAGUGGCAGAACCGGACAAGUGUAAUUAACUGUGGGGUCUUGUUGACUUGAUGCGUUUGACGCCACAGAGUCGUGCCCGCCGGGGUUCGAUCUCUGAUUCUGAAACUUCCUCCCAUGGCCCUCACUUUCUCUUCUGCCAUCGGCACCCGAUUUCUCUGCCCUGUUUUUUUACUGUUGUCCUGCUUCUCCUGCUCGCUCUAGAACUUCACGCAGCCUUCGCGUAAAAUAGUAACCCCUCUUUGUUCUCCCAGCUUUAUUUUCUGCGCCCUUUUUGCAGAGGAGAAAGAUGAAGGGUUUAUUUAAGUCCAAGCCUCGGACUCCUGUCGACAUCGUUAAAAUCACUCGCGAGCUUUUAGUCUAUCUUGACUCGCCUGUUCGAGAUGCCAAGCGAGAAGAAAAGAUGGCAGAACUGGCUAAAAAUAUUCGAGAAAUGAAAUCAGUUCUGUAUGGGAAUGGCGAUGCAGAGCCAGUGCCAGAAGCCUGUGCUCAGCUGACUCAAGAGUUUUUCAAAGAUAAUACUUUAAGACUUUUUAUUGUGUGCCUCCCAAAACUGAAUUUGGAGGCACGCAAAGAUGCAACUCAGGUUGUGGCAAAUUUGCAGCGGCAACAAGUUCAGUCACGGCUUAUUGCUUGUGAUUAUUUAGAAUCGAAUAAAGAUCUUAUGGACAUUCUGGUCUUGGGAUAUGAGAACACUGACAUUGCUUUGCAUUAUGGCUCAAUGUUGAGAGAGUGUAUACGACAUCAAAUUAUUGCAAGGUAUGUUUUGGAGUCUGAAAACAUGAAGAGAUUCUUCACCUACAUACAGCUCCCAAAUUUUGACAUUGCAUCAGACGCAGCAGCUACCUUUAAGGAGCUCUUGACGAGACAUAAGGCUACAGUAGCCGACUUUUUAAAUAAGAAUUAUGACUGGUUUUUUGCUGAGUAUAAUUCAAAACUACUGGAGUCUGAAAAUUACAUCACAAGGCGUCAAGCCGUGAAGCUGCUUGGUGACGUUUUACUGGAUCGUUCCAAUGUUUCAGUCAUGAUGCGUUAUGUGAGCUCAAAAGACAAUUUGCGGAUCAUGAUGAACCUCCUCAGGGAAUCUAGCAAGAACAUCCAAAUUGAAGCUUUCCAUGUGUUCAAGGUCUUUGUGGCCAAUCAAAACAAACCACCUGAAAUUGUGAGCAUUCUUAUUGCUAAUCGGAGUAAGCUACUUCGUUUUUUCAGCGAUUUCAAGACUGAUAAAGAGGAUGCACAAUUUGAUCAAGACAAGGCUCAGGUUGUAAAGGAGAUAGCUGCCUUGGAGCCAAAGGAGCAGCCUUAAUCUUCCUUGUAAAUGAUGACUGUGUGAUAUCUGAUGUUGUACUUGAUCUGUCAUUUUUGGCAUGAUCAGCAACAAUGCACUUGUAGAUUAUUCUGCCCGUUGGAAAACAAAAACAAAUGUUCGCAUCGUAUUUCAAUAAUCUUGAUGUAGGAUAUAGUUUCAGAAGUAAGCAAAUAUGUAGGCAUUUUCAGAACUUGGGAGUUCUGGGUAAUAAGGGGAGCUCUUUCUCUCAUAAUUUUUGCUUCUAUAAUUUUAACAGUAGUUCUAUUUAUAUAUUCUCAAUAAUUUCAAGUGUA